AUGAGCGACGCGGAAGCGGAAGCAGGUCCUAGCACUGCGCCACUGUUCAAGAAGCGCGCCAAGUCGUACGCGGCGUCGCGCAUAUCUACGGCUGCGAUGGACGGUGUGGCAUCGCGCACAGAGAUGCGCUCGGACGAGUCGGCAGCACAGCACGGACGUGAUGACGACAUUUCAGUGCACGAUCUCGUCGAGCUGCGAUCGCUGGUGCGCAGGCCAACUGGGAUCGAGCUGAACCGUCUCAACAAGGGCGACAAACGCCGCGCGCCCCAACACAAGCCAGCACACCUGCAAGACGAGAGAUGGCAACACCACAUCCAAGCCGCCGCGCUCAGAGGAUCCACAUCACAUACCGCGGACAACGAGCAGGAAGAGAGCGAUGAUGACAAUCCCACCAAGCCACGACGUCGCGUGCGCAAAAACCACUUCCAGAGCGAAACAGGGACUGUCGACGUGGACAAGCACAUGAUGGCCUACAUCGAACAGGAGAUCAAGAAGCGCACCGGCACCAACAUGCAGUCGGACUCGAACUCAGACUCGGUCUCGAAACCAAUCCAAAAUCCCGACCACCAACUCUACGCCGUCGCCGAAAAGUACCGUGAACUGCAACGCUCGAUCCAACCGGAACAGACGCAAGAAGAACGCGAAGGCAACGUUGCGCUCAGCUCAGCCAUGUUGAGUUCGAUCCCGGAAGUAGAUCUGGGUAUCGACAACAGAAUGCACAACAUCCAACAGACCGAACUCGCCAGACGCAAGCUGCACCAACACCGCACAUCCAACGCGCACCACCAAGAUGCACAUGCACCCCAAGCAGCAAGAGGCGAUGCUGCCGAUCAAGCCUUGGCCAACGCUCGCUUUCAACAUAGCAAGCAGCGGCCUCUCUCGGAUCCUUCAGCCAGACAGCAGAUGGCAACCGAUCAACUUGUCUUGGAUCGAUUCCGAAAACGACAGCGCAACUUUCGAUAG